AUGUUUUCCAGAUCCGUUCGCACUCUUACCGGCCGCGUCCUCGCCAACGCCGUCCGCCCUACCGUUAUCCCGGCCGCGCGCCAGAUUGCGCCCGCCGUCGCCGUCGCUGCCAGGAGAUCCUACCACGAGAAGGUCCUUGACCACUACUCGCGUCCUCGCAACGUCGGUACUCUCGACAAGAAGGACAAGUCUGUUGGCGAAGGCCUCGUCGGUGCCCCCGCCUGCGGUGAUGUCAUGCGUCUUCACAUCAAGGUCGACCCCGACACUGGUGUCAUCAGCGAUGUCAAGUUCAAGACUUUCGGCUGCGGCUCUGCCAUUGCCUCCUCCAGCUAUGUCACCGAGCUCGUCCGCGGCAUGACCCUCGACCAAGCCUCCAAGGUUAAGAACACGGAGAUUGCCAAGGAACUCUGCCUGCCCCCUGUCAAGUUGCACUGCAGCAUGCUUGCUGAGGAUGCCAUCAAGGCCGCCAUCAAGGACUACCGCACCAAGAACCCCCAGGGCGCGCCCACCAACCUCGCUGGCACCGGCGCCAAGUUCGAGACCGCCCAGGCCUCUGCUACCGCCUAA